AAAACGUUCAAUUAACCCAUUAUCAUCCAAAGAAAACAAACAGGAACUGUCGUGUGAAAAUGAGUCAAAACAAGGGAAUAUUCUAAUGUUUUGAGAAUAAUUGACUGUCAAAAUGUUCGGCAGUAAAAAGAAACAAGCACCAGAUCCCCCGAAACGAAAGGGGGCUUCUCUUGCAAAUCAGAUGGGUAUAGGAGACAUAGAAAACAUGAUGUAUGGAGAUGUUGAUAAUGAUGAAGACUUGGAGGCAGAGUUAUUGGCCCUGCAAGGAGAAGACAAUCCUGUCAGGAGAAAACCAAAACCGCAGCAAAAAGCUUUAACAAUGGCUGAUUUAGACAAGUACUCCAAGAUAGCAGAAAUAAAUGAAGAUGAUGAUGAUGAUGAAGAUGUAUCAGAUACAGAAGAUCCAGAUUUACUGGCUGAAUUAGAAAAUUUAUCAACAGAAGAAGAUACUGGACCUGGUACUACCAGUCCAUCAGCAGGAGGCAAAGAAGAUCAAGUUAUUCUAUUGGUGGAAAGAUUGUCAAUGUAUGAGGCAGGUGUAGAAAGUGCUAAGUCUACAGGAGAUACCUCUAAACAAAAAAGAUACGAUAGAGGUCUUAAGACAAUACAGGAUUUAUUGAAAAAAGCUCAACAAGGAAAAAGUAUUGAUGAAAGUGAUAUACCACCUGCUAUUACUGUUAGUGCACAAUCUAAACAAAGACCAGGAGGAGUAAUGCAGCCUGAAUCCUCACCAACAUUUAAACCUACAACAGAUUCAAGAAAUAAACAGCCUAGCCCAUCACCACCCAAACAACCAGCCCUAGAAUUGGACAAUAAACCAAUUAGUCCAGAAACUUCAUCACAUGACCUUGAGACAGAAAAGAUGUUAGAGACCAGAAGAGAUCAGUAUAAAACAGCAGCUUUGCAGGCAAAGCAUACUGGGGAUAUUAACACAGCUAAAAGUUAUGUACAGAUAGCAAAGCAAUUUGAUAAUGUAUUGACUGCCUUAAAAUCAGGACAAGCCAUAGAUUUAUCAAAGAUGCCACCUCCUCCAUCUUCUCCUGGAAGCACAAGUAAAGCAGUGCCACCUGUACAGACAGCAUCAAGAACAGAACAAUCAACAAAUCAGGGAGCUGGUGAGGAAGAUAAUACACCUGCUCCAUCUGCUGAAGAAUCAAGAAAAGUAUUUAAAGCACCAGAUCCACCUAAAACAGUAAUGGAGGCAUUAGAACAAAGACUUGAGAAAUAUAAAUCAGCUGAGGCAGAAGCCAAGGCUGCUGGAGAGGGAUCUAAAGCCAGGAGACAUGGUAGAAUUGUUAAGCAAUACCAAGAUUCUAUAAAAGCAAGUAAAUCAGGAAAGCCUUUAAAUUUAGAAGAAUUACCAUGCCCACCAGGUUAUGCCCCCUUUCCUACAGAGUCAUCACCAGCAAAAUCAGCCCCAGCAGCAAGUCCUUCACCACAGAGGACUGUUCCACAACCUGCAGCCACUACUCCUCAAAGACAACAGGAAACCACACCCCAAAAGAGUCCAAGUAGUACAUCACAGAAAGCUAAACCAUUGACCACGGAGCAGGAUGAAGCCUUUAAAAGAAGUCCUUCCUCAAGAGCCGAGCAAACAUCACAUUUCCUGUCAGAGAGAAUGAAUGAAUACAGGACAGCUGCAUUGCAGGCCAAGAAAAAUAAUGAUAUAGAGCUGGCAAAGAAAUAUAUCAGAAUAGCUAAGGGUUUUGAACCAAUGAUAAUAGCAGCAGAAUCUGGACUCCCUGUGGACAUGUCUCAGAUUCCUCCUUCAAUGGUUGAAGAUCAUGAGACAUCAACUGUAUCUGUCAGCAGGGAGGACUGUGAACUAAGUGGGGAUAGAACGGAAGUCUUUAAGAAACUUGAACAGGACCUCAUACAACAAAUUAGGACCUGUGCUACAAAUCAGCAGAAUUUCACAAAAAUUGGAGAUGUUGUUUCAUCUGCUAAAUUUGAGAAGAUGGAAAAAGGUUGUAGAAAAGAUUUAGAAUCAUUAAAGAAUGCUUUCAGACACAAUGAUCCUGUACCAAAGUUUCAUUAUGAAAAUAGAACUUUCUCAUUAGUCAAAUGCAAUACAGAUUUAGGAGAAAAUGAUUUAGAAUUGACAAUCGUUAGAGGUUUACAGUAUAAUGCACCUUCAGGGUAUUCAGAGAAAGAUUUAGACACUUAUGUUAAAUUUGAAUUUCCUUAUCCACAAGAGGAUCCUCAAGUUGGAACAUCAGAAACGGUGAAAAGUACAACCAAUCCAGAACAUAAUCAGCCAUUUAAAUUGGAAAUAGCUAGAAAGUCUAGAGCAUUUGCUCGUAUUGUUGAAAGAAAAACUGUCAAAUUAGAGGUGUUUUAUAAAAGAGGAUUUUUAAAAAGUGAUAAGUUACUUGGUACAGUAAAUGUAAAGUUACACGGAUUGGACUCGGAAUGUACAUUACAUGAUAGUCAUGAUUUGACAGAGGGUAGAAAACAAGUUGGUGGUAAAUUAGAAGUAAAGCUUAGGAUACGAGACCCCUUUAAAGGGAAACAAGUGGAGGUAACAAAGGAAAAAUGGUUAGUGAUAGACCAGUUUAUCAGGGCAUUAGGACCAAAGGAAACCAAAAAAGGAAUGGCACCUGCAAAGCCAGCAGUUUCUAAAAGCAAAAGUUCAGGAACUAUGUGUUUAGAAGUAUUAAAGUAUGAAAAACAACUGCUUGAUAAUCAGAUUACAAGUUUGAAAAGUCAGUUAACAAAAGAACAAUAUCAAACCUUAACCCAUAAAAGUCAAUUGCUACAACAGAAAACAGAGGAACAACAAGGCAAACUAAAAACUGGUGGAAAAGAGGGACUGAAAGAUUAUGUGAAAUCAAUAGAAGCAGAAAUACCACAGUAUGAAGAGGAGGCCAGAUUUUUUGCAAAAGCAGGAGAUAUGCAUAAAGCUCAAGUUAUGCUUACAAAGAAAAAACAUGUUGAAAAAGAGCUGGCUGCAAUCAGAAAUAAAUAUCCAGAUGUAUGAUUCCAAAGAAAGAUAUAAACUGUGAGCUGAACACCACACUUAAGUAAACCAUAUGGCCUUGUAUGUGCCAAGGACAGUGUAAUUUGUUAAAGAGGCAUAACUCCCUACUGUGAUUCUGUUGUUUUUCUCUAUACAACAUUAGAUAUACCUAUAUCUUGUUUUAACAUUGACAGAAAAAUGUUCAUGUCUUACAGAACAUUAUGGGAAAAAAUUCUAGUUUUAUUAUGUAGAGUAUAAAAUAAGGGAUAAUUCUUUACCUUGAUGUCAUCCAUAUUUUAAGAAUGCAAGAUUUUUUGCUGUUGUAUAUCAGAUAUCUUAUCAAUAUUUGUAACUUCCUUUUCUUGAAAUCAUUUUCUUGUCAAACUUAAUUUAUUCUACAUGUAAAGUGGAGAACAUAUUUUCAGUAUUGUAUCGAGCAUGAAAUCCAAAAUGGAUAUACCAUAACCUAAAUGUCAGCUGAUAGUAGUUUGUCCAUUCUGUCAACUCACCAGCAAUACCUGAUUAUUUAACCAUGUUCUCAUGAAAAUUUGUUUUGUUAAGAAUAUCAUUAUUGUUUGUGUGUUGUGUAUAUCUGUUUAUUUAUGGACAUUAUUAUAAUCGAUAAGAAAUUAUGGAAAUGAAA